AUGACAAGCUCGCUUGAAUUGCUCUCUGGAGCCAGUCGCCUUCGCUUGGGAGUUAAAUGCUCGCUUGCAGACGAAGAUCCUUGCCUCGGUGGCUCACAUCUUGUUUUUCAAAUUGUCUUUGAGGACUCCGUACGGUGGGCUGCUCGAGUAAACAAAGAUCCCGGCAAUUGGAAAAGCGAACUGCGUGCCGUUAGACAAUUUCAACACAUCAAAAGAUUACGCCCAGAGAUCAGAGCGCCAAGUCUUUUCAUUGAAGAACAGCGCCCUGUGCUGUAUUCGGAAUGGAUCAGUGGCGAACCGUUAGCAACCUGGAAUUCUCAAAUUCCCAUGUUUAAACGCUAUAGGCUUCUGGAAGACCUUGCAGAGUUUCUGUUGCAACUAUGGACUGUACCUGUACCAUCCGACGUGGUCCAGGGAAAAAGUUGUCUAUACUCUGUCUGGCUCACGGAAAGUCUAGAUCGAGGCCUUCGGCGAACUCUCGGUGGCACCGCUAGGUGGGGCAAUGCUAUUGACUACCUGAUCAUGCGGUCUAUGAUCCCAGAUUAUGCUGCCGAGUUUGAUGAAUUUGCCGGCUUCGGCUUUGCUCAUGGAGAUCUGAACGCGCAUAAUAUCAUGAAAAGCGACGACUUUCAUUUGACGGGGUAG